AUGGCGGGCGCCGGCGGCAGGAGCAGGGAGCGGCUCACGUCGCGCGCGGAGGAGGCUGCGGGGGGCAAGCGGCGGAGGCAGAGGUGGGAGGUGGAGUUCGCGCGCUACUUCGCGAAGCCGCGGCGCGCCCCCUCGACGCCGCCGCCCCCCGGCCUCCGCUACAUAUCCCGCGGCAAGCAACUCCACCAGGGCACCUGGCUCCUGGCCGCCUCCCCCGCCGCCCUCUGCAUCUCUCGCCCCACCCACUCCUUCGCCGCCCGCGUCCUCACCGUCUCCAUCGGCGACGUCGUCUACGAGGAGCACUAUGUGUCUAUCCUCAACUUCUCAUGGCCACAGGUUGCAUGCGUGACAGAGUGCCCAGUUAGAGGGAGCAGGGUGGUGUUCGUGAGCUUUUGUGAUAGGUCCAAACAGGUCCAGAAGUUUGCUGUACGUUUCGCUCGCCUCAGUGAUGCAGAAUCAUUCUUGAAUAGUGUGAAGGUGAAGGAACUCUCAAGCAACACCAUGGACAUCAUGCCAUCUGGAAGCGACUAUAUGUGUGAGCAUGAAGAUUCAUCAUCAUCUGAAUAUAUUCCUUCUAAUGGACUUCAAUACAGGCCUGAUGAAGCGGUAAGCUUUGAGGAGCCAACUUCUGAUCACAGGACAGAUGCACCUGCUGUUGGCUACCACAUGGAACCAGAUCAGCCUGUUCUUCAAUCUCCCAUUGCUACAAAUAUCAAUAGCAUCUGCUCUGGUUUUCCUGAGGGUUACUCUGGCUUCCCUGAGGGUUACUCUGGUUUCCCUGAGGGUUACUCUGGUUCAGUUAAAAUUGAGAGAGAUGGAGGACCCUUUCCAGCAACUAUAACUGAUCAUGCUCCUGAAAAGGCCUACAUACUGGACACUCGGCUUGAUGCUGCCGGUGGAAAUUCGGUUGCUGAUAAAGGAAAGGGUGCUGGUAAAGAGAUUGAUGUUAGUGACGUAACACGUGAUAUUUUGGCAGGGAUAGAGACAUAUGUGGGGGAUGACUCUUUUCAUGAUAUGCUGUCCAAGCUCGACAAAGCCAUUGAUGAACUGGGUGGUGACAUGUUGCUUGCCUCUUGA